AUCGAGUGUAACCAUCAGAGUUACAGUCAGCACACUGCUUUAACUCAGAGCAGUUGUCAACAACAUCCCUUCAUCCAUCACCGAUCACAAACCACUCAUGAUAAUAUCUAACAUGGCCGCCAACAUGGAGAUCCUCCCCGUCACCGUCUUCCAGCGUGACGUGGAGUCGGAGAAGACCGAGCACCUGCAGUGGUACGGCACAGGCAAGCUGCACCCAACCCACCUCGGCGACAUGCUCGACAACGGCCGCUACACCAUCGUGCACAAGCUCGACCACGACCGCCACUCGCUCUCGUGGCUGGCCCGCGACAACCUCACCCACACCUGGCGGCGCAUCGACAUCGCGCAGGCCUUCGCCGACAUCCACGAGCAGCACGGCAAUCUCCGUGCCGUCACCGAGCACUUGCUGGAGCGCGCCGCCAAGGGCAACGACAGGGCCGACAACAAGGGCCUCGCCGUGGCAAAGUUCACGCACCACGGCCCCAACGGCGCGCACCUGUGCAUGGUGUUCCCCCUGCAGGGCGCCAUGAACUGCUUCCGCUGGGGCGUGCGCGACGAGUGCGCUAUGAACGCGGGCUGGUUCAUGCGCCGGUGCGCCCGCCUGCGGGCCGAGAACGGUGGCGGCGAGCCGCCUGAGAGCGUCCAUGACAUUACCCGGGGCGAGAUGCUGCGCAUCCUGGGCCGUCCCCGCGUGCUCCGCGCCGACGCGCAGCUGCGUAGAAUCGCGGGUGUCGAGAACUCGGUCCGCCUGGAGCAGCUGCCCCGGUACCUUGUCGUGCGCCCGGACAGGAUUGAGGAUGAGCUCGACUUCUGGCUGAGCCCCGAGGCUUUCGAGCGUUGCGAGUGAACUGAAAGGGAGGAAAGGGAGGAUAGCGGAUUGUUCUUUCGCUGGACCCUACAGCAUUAGGGACUUGGAGGAUGGGCCCAAGCGUUGGGGGAGCUGUGUUC